CUUGAUGCCUGCGUAUCUACCAUCCUCUCUGUCUCGGUCACCAGCACGUCGUAUGUAUAUUACUCUUCCCUCUCCAUCUCCCAACUCCCCUCUGUCUGUUACCGGGUCGGCGGGGCCUCUGAGCCUGUCGACCCGGUCGCUUACCUCCUCGCAGCUGCCCAACGCUCCCCGUCUCCAGCCUGGCGCGCCCUUACCAGGGACCUAGUCCUGGCGGCCCGCUGGAACCCCUCCCCCUCGCCCGACAGCGCGACUCUCUAUGUCGACGUUCGGGAAGACUCUCCCGCCUUCGCGCGCCUCCGUGCCCUUCACAACGGCACCCUCGUCUUCGACCUCGGGGCUGGUUCCCGUAUUGCUGUCGCGUGCCCAGUGCGCCGCGGCAUCCUCGCAUGCACCAACUGCCAAGCCCUCGGCCACCCCGCCAGCGCCUGCCGGUCCCCUCCCAAGUGCGCCACGUGCGCUGGUCCUCACCGCACCUCUGACCACUCGGCCCGUGCGGCUCCGGACGCCUCCAUCCAGUACUGCUGCCCGCACUGCUAA